AGAAAAGUAAAUAACGAACAAAACCCGCAGUCAGGCGCGCCGGCAGCACAGUGAGAUAUCAUAUCAUAUGUCUACCGUUUCCGAAAGUGGAUAUGCACCCUUGCUUAACAUUCGGGGGAACAGUCCCCAUAAAGACCCUUCCGCCCGUGGAACAGCAGCGCGAGUCAGCCCAUCCUUCCUAUAAAAUGAUUUCUCCCCCCCUCCCACCCUCCUGGACUCGCCAAAAUAGAAUAGAAUUGAUGAGACCCCUCGCUGCGAGAGUUCCCUUUAUUCCUUCGUUUCGUUUUGUUCUGUCUUGGGAAGAUGGUUGAAAGGGACAAUAAAUCGCCCGAGCCUAAUAAUCAAUCUGCCUCCGUCUCGGAGGAAGGAGGGAUCGGGGUCGGGAUUGUUGAGGGGAGAGAGGAACUAAUUGCGAGGGUAAUAGAUUUGAAAGCUGAGAAAGCACUGUGUAGGAGGUUUGACCUGAGGCUACUGCCGGCAUUGGCAGUUAUGUAUUUGUUUAACGCGUAGGCUUCCUCUUCUCUACUUCCCCUUACCCCCCUCCUUCAAAAGGUGCUGACAAUGGCGCGAGCAGUCUAGAUAAAGGCAACCUGGGGAAUGCCAAAACCAACGGCUUCGAAAAAGACCUAGGCUUCACGGGGAAUCAGUACAACAUCCUAUUAUCAGUGUUUUACGUUCCCUAUGUGCUCUGCGCACUACCAGUAGGAAUGCUAGGAAAGAAGUAUGGGCCCAGCAGGGUGCUACCGAUAAUGAUGUUUACAUUCGGGAAUAUGACAUUGUUGGGGGCUGCUUGCAAGAAUUUUGAGGGGAUGAUGACCGGUUUGCUCCGUGACCAUUCCUAGGAGAACAGAGCCGAAGCGCUGACAUUGUAGAUUAGUGAGAGUAAUAUUGGGUAUUGCUGAGAGUGCAUUUUUCCCGCUGGUAGGAAUUUGACCCAAGAAGGGAAAAAAACAGAGAAUUCUGAAGCAAGUGUCCGAGUGAUAUAGGUCAUUUACUAUCUCACAACAUUCUACAGACGUGGAGAGUUAGCGCGUAGACUCGCUAUAUUCUACGCAGCGAGUAAUAUUGCCAAUGCCUUCAGUGGUACAUAUCCCUCCCUCCUCCAAGUCCCUCCCUAUAUACCAUACUAACGACCCUCAGGCCUCCUCGCCUUCGGCGUCUUCCACAUCAAAACCCACCUGUCUGCCUGGCGCUACCUCUUCAUAAUAGAGGGUACCUGCACAGUUCUCUUCAGCUUCUUCGCAUACUGGUACCUACCAAUAAGCGCCGCAAAAGCCUGCUUCCUGAGCCCCGAGGAAAAGGAACUCGCCUUCUACCGAAUACAGGUGGAUAGUUCCUCCAUCGUCGAUGAGAAAUUCGACCUCAAAGAGUCCUUCAAGGUCUUCAGGAUGCCAGUCGUGUGGGCUUGGCUGGCUAUAGAAAUGUGUCUGGGUGUGCCGUUGCAGGGCGUUAGCUUGUUUUUGCCGCAGAUUGUUGAGAGGUUGGGUUACAGCGUUGUUAAGACAAAUCUCUAUACUGUUGGUAAGUUCUAACUGGGGCCGUGGAGAGGGGAUCAAGCUGAUUUCGAGGGGGAAGCGCCGAAUAUUACCGGCGCACUAGUGUUGCUUAUAUUAGCGUUUGCUUCGGACCUCACUAGACUGCGGUCGCCGUUUAUUGCCUUGGGUAUACCUCCUUCUUCACAAAUUAAUAUUAUGACGGAUUUCUCAUACACCCAGCGUUCUCCUUCCCACUGAUCGGCUUCAUAAUCUACGCCAGCAUCGACGUUCUGCACGAUAAGCAAAUAGCCUAUUUUUCAACAUUCAUGAUGUGCUGGGGUAUCUCCGCCCCCAGCGUUCUCCUAUCAACAUGGUGUGAGUGACGACUCAUGAUCCCCUACCCCACUUCCCAAAACUAACACCCUUCCCACAGACAGCAACAACAUAGCCCACGAAGGCAAACGCGUAGUCCUAACCUCCGUCGGCACACCCGUAUGUUCCACUUCCCUCCUUCUCCCCCCUCCUCCACUAACACAAAUCGUAGGUAGCAAACAUGAUGGGCGUCGUAAGCUCCAAUAUCUUCAGACCACAGGAUGCGCCAGAUUACAUCCGUAACCUCCCCAUUCCAUUCCCACCCCUACUCAGGCUAACAACCGAACAGCGGCACUGGUAACAACUGCCUGCUUCGGCGCACUCGGCAUGCUCUUAGCGGGGAGCCUAGGCACGUACAUGGUUUUCGACAACAGCAGGAGAAAUCGUGCACAGGGUGUGCACAUAGACGCACGGGAUGUGGCGACGAAGCUGCUGAAGGAUGGUCCGGCGUCCCCGAACUUUAGGUGGUUUUUGUAGGCCCCGGACGAAUUUAUGAUCUUUUCCUAUAGGCAUGAUACGAAUUAGAAUCUCUCGUUCACAGCGGUCUCCACACAUGGCCGGGAGAGAGGGCGAGUGCUGCCGGGUGAUCGCGAUAACGUUGGGAUCACUGUGCUCCCGUAUUUCUGCUGGCGAUUUAGCUGAUGGCUACGACACGGCCUUGUGGCUAAAGUCAGGAUGACCACGUGGUUUCAGGAUCGCAGUUCGUCGUAAUUUAAGGCCCACAAAUCACGCAGCGCAGCGCAGGGAUAUAUAAUAGAGUAGACACCAACCAGCCGUGUCCGCGGUGCGGCCGCAGAGGGUUUGAGUACAGUACAAGCACCCUACGUAGAAUAGAUUAUGAGAUACCGGUACUAUACACGGUAUAUUAUGCAGGCUUCGCGGAAAAGUGAGUUACUAUUCGCACAGAAACGUACAGUACUCGUAGAGCCAACCCACCUGUACUCGAGUGGGCUCUACAAACUAAUACCUUGCCUAUAACACGAAGCAGCGUGGCAAAGCAUUCGAGUACCCGAGCAAAAACGAGCAAAAAAAAGUGCAAGUGCACUAUGAUAUACCCGGUCGACAUUUUUACCAGACGC